CGCGCCGGGCCGUCCCACCCCCAGUGCGGCAGCGAGGUUCGGGUGCUCGGAGCAAGAGGGGGUCGGAGGAGCCGGGAGCGGAGAUCCGAGGGGUGAAGAAAUACUCGGUGGUCCCACGCUCUGCCCCAUCGGACUCAACAUCCCCACACCAUGAAAGCCAUCAGCCCGGUGCGGUCGGUCAGGAGCUGUUACGAGGCCGUUUGCUGCCUCUCGGAGCAAAGUUUGGCCAUCGCUCGCAGCAGCAACAACAAGAGCCCGGCGUUGGAGGAACCCAUGAAUCUGCUGUACGAUAUGAACGACUGCUACUCCAAAUUGAGGGAGUUGGUGCCGGGCAUCCCGCAGGGCACCAAGCUGAGCCAGGUGGAAAUCCUCCAGCACGUCAUCGAUUAUAUCUUCGACCUGCAGAUCGUGCUGGAAGAGGGGGCCAAGGGGCGAGACCACUCCUCGGAGGCCACCCUGCUGUCCCUGAAGGCAGCCGAGCUGGCCUCCGAGCUGUGCUCCAAAGACGAGAGAAGUUUGUGUCACUAACGCCUCCUCCAUCAGUGCCAAUUAGCAAACACGCACCGACUGUCGGUUCCCGGAGGUAACGAGCCGCUUCCUGCACGGCGCCGGGGCGGCUGCGGCCCCCAUCCCCACCACCCCCCCCCCCC